AUGGCAGAAAUGAGGAAGAACAAGGCGAAAUCAUCAUCUUCAUCUGGGUUUUUAAAUCGUUCCUUUACGAUGCACGCUCCAUCCAAAGUUGAUUCCAAUCAUCCCAAGGUUCAUUUGUUCCUCAAGAAUCAACACUCUCAAAAUCGACCGGCUCCGAUUCCCAAAUUUCACGAUUCAAUGGAUUCCGUCAAGGGUAAAGUUCAAAAGCUUCGGAGUUUGUUCGAAUCAGGAAAAUCUUCAUCGUCUUCAUCCAACUUGCCUAGUCCUAAAGAACAUGCCUCUAAGCCCGUUUUAAGACCCACAAAAUCGAUGAUUUCAUUGGGAUUUAUUAACCCUUCGAUAAGAUUACCCGAGACUGAAGAUCGCAUCGUUGUUUAUUUAACCAGUUUACGAGGAAUUCGAAGGACGUAUGAGGAUUGUUAUGCGGUGAUGAUGAUUUUUAGAGGAUUCAGACUUUGGGUUGAUGAAAGAGAUAUUUCUAUGGAUGUUGCUUAUAAGAAAGAGUUGCAGAGCAUCUUGAAAGUGAAGAAUGUGACUUUGCCCCAAGUUUUUAUCAAGGGAAAGUACAUCGGUGGUGCCGAUGUGAUCAAAAGCAUGUUUGAAAUGGGUGAAUUGGCUAAGAUUCUUGAUGAUUUUCCCAGGAGAAAACCUGGGUUUGCUUGCAAUGCUUGUGGGGAUGUCAGGUUCGUGCCAUGUAGGAAUUGCUGUGGUAGUCGAAAAUUGUUCGACGACGAUGAAGGCUUGAUCAAGAGAUGCUUCGAAUGCAACGAGAACGGCCUGAUACGAUGCCCUGCUUGCUGCGAUUGA